AUGACCUUUCUGCUCGUGUGCCUCUUCGUCAUCUUAUCCGCGAACCCGCUCUCGUUCCCUGCAGCUCGACUCUCUCAUCACGACGCUUCAGCCACCAAGACAACCACAUCCGAUCCAAACAGCCAUCCGCACGAUCAUCUUCUUCCGUCCAUCCCGCACAACAAAGUCGCACCCGUCCCAAAAGGCGCCACGAUCCACACAGCCACCAUCCCCGGCGUCCCAGGCACCCCGACCUGGCGCGUCCGCUACAUCAAAAUCGCAACCAUGCUGCCCGUCCAACUCGUCGCCACCGCCAUGGAAACAUUCUACUCCUCCAGCCUCAAAGAACUGCAGCAGACGUCCGACUCCGCUCUCAGCCACCUGCUCGCUUCAACGAAAGGGGCGUUCAGGAUCGGACGGGGCGUUUUCCAUUUGAAUUUCAUGACCGCGAGUGGCCGGUUGAAUCGAGAGUUUGUUGAGGGUGUGCUGGAGGAGCUGUUGGAGAGUACGCGGCUGGGGUGGGUGACGCAGUUUAGGAGUGAGUGGAUGGAUACGGUGGGAGGGUUUACGGUGUGGGUUACUUGUACAUUGGGGGAGGAGUUUGGAUCGACCGGGUUGAUUCCUGGGCCGAUUGAUUGA